CUUCACAGGGAUCUUCACGGCAGAGAUGACCUUCAAGAUCAUCGCCCUCGACCCCUACUACUACUUCCAGCAGGGCUGGAACAUCUUCGACAGCAUCAUCGUCAUCCUCAGCCUCAUGGAGCUGGGCCUGUCCCGCAUGGGCAACCUGUCGGUGCUGCGCUCCUUCCGCCUGCUGCGCGUCUUCAAGCUGGCCAAAUCAUGGCCCACCCUGAACACACUCAUCAAGAUCAUCGGGAACUCGGUGGGGGCGCUGGGGAACCUGACGCUGGUGCUGGCCAUCAUCGUGUUCAUCUUCGCCGUGGUGGGCAUGCAGCUGUUCGGCAAGAACUACUCCGAGCUGAGGCACCGCAUCAGCGACUCCGGCCAGCUGCCCCGCUGGCACAUGAUGGACUUCUUCCAUGCCUUUCUCAUCAUCUUCCGCAUCCUCUGUGGCGAGUGGAUCGAGACCAUGUGGGACUGCAUGGAGGUGUCUGGGCAGUCGCUGUGCCUGCUGGUCUUCUUGCUCGUCAUGGUCAUUGGCAACCUUGUGGUCCUGAACCUCUUCCUGGCGCUGCUGCUCAGCUCCUUCAGCGCGGACAACCUCACGGCCCCCGACGAGGACGGGGAGAUGAACAACCUCCAGCUGGCCCUGGCCCGGAUCCAGCGGGGCCUGCGCUUCCUCAAGCGGGCCACCUGGGACUUCUGCUGUGGCCUCCUGCAGCGGCGGCCUCAGAAGCCCGCCGCCCUGGCCGCCCAGGGCCAGCUGCCCAGCUGCAUGGCCGCCUCCGGCUCCCCACCACCCACGGACGCAGAGAAGGCACCUCCGGCCCGCAAGGAGACACGGUUCGAGGAGGGCCAGCGGCCCGGCCAGGGCACCCCUGGGGAGCCGGAGCCCGUGUGCGUGCCCAUCGCCGUGGCCGAGUCAGACACAGAUGACCAAGAGGAGGACGACGAGGAGAACAGCCUGGACACGGACGAAGAGUCCAGCAAGCAGCAGGAACCCCAGCCUGUGUCUGCUGGCCCAGAGGCCCUCCCGGAGCCCAAGGCCUGGAGCCAGGUGUCGGAGACCGCCUCCUCCGAGGCCCAGGCCGGCGAGGCUCCGGCAGACUGGCGGCGGCAGCAGCAGCAGCGGAAAGCGGAGCCCCGGGCCCCAGGGUGCAGUGAGACACAGGAGGACAGUCUCUCCGAGGGGAGCACAGCAGACAUGACCAACACCGCCGACCUCCUGGAGCAGAUCCCCGACCUCGGCGAGGAUGUCAAGGACCCAGAGGACUGCUUCACCGAAGGCUGUGUCCAGCGCUGUCCCUGCUGUGCUGUGGACACCACGCAGGCCCCCGGGAAGGUCUGGUGGCGACUGCGCAAGACCUGCUACCGCAUCGUGGAGCACAGCUGGUUCGAGACGUUCAUCAUCUUCAUGAUCCUGCUCAGCAGCGGAGCGCUGGCCUUCGAGGACAUCUACCUGGAGGAACGGAAGACCGUCAAGGUUCUGCUCGAAUAUGCCGACAAGAUGUUCACCUACGUCUUCGUGCUGGAGAUGCUGCUCAAGUGGGUGGCCUACGGCUUCAAGAAGUACUUCACCAACGCCUGGUGCUGGCUGGACUUCCUCAUCGUGGACGUCUCGCUGGUCAGCCUGGUGGCCCACACCCUGGGCUUUUCUGAGAUGGGCCCCAUCAAGUCGCUGCGGACCUUGCGGGCACUCCGACCCCUGCGCGCCCUGUCACGAUUUGAGGGCAUGCGGGUGGUGGUCAAUGCCCUGGUGGGCGCCAUCCCAUCCAUCAUGAACGUGCUGCUCGUCUGCCUCAUCUUCUGGCUCAUCUUCAGCAUCAUGGGCGUGAACCUCUUCGCAGGGAAGUUUGGGAGGUGCAUCAACCAGACGGAGGGGGACCUGCCUUUAAACUACACCGUCGUGAACAACAAGAGUGACUGUGAGUCCUUCAACAUGACCGGCGAGUUGUACUGGACCAAGGUGAAGGUCAACUUCGACAACGUGGGGGCUGGGUACCUGGCCCUUCUGCAGGUGGCAACGUUUAAAGGCUGGAUGGACAUUAUGUAUGCAGCUGUGGACUCCAGGGGGUACGAAGAGCAGCCCCAGUGGGAAUACAACCUCUACAUGUACAUCUACUUUGUGGUGUUCAUCAUCUUCGGGUCUUUCUUUACCCUGAACCUUUUCAUCGGUGUCAUCAUCGACAACUUCAACCAACAGAAGAAAAAGUUAGGGGGCCAGGACAUCUUCAUGACGGAGGAACAGAAGAAGUACUACAACGCCAUGAAGAAGCUGGGCUCCAAGAAGCCGCAGAAGCCCAUUCCCCGGCCCCUGAACAAGUACCAGGGCUUCAUAUUCGACAUCGUGACCAAGCAGGCCUUUGACGUCAUCAUCAUGUUUCUCAUCUUGUUGAACAUGGUGACCAUGAUGGUGGAGACCGAUGACCAGAGCCCUGAGAAGGUCAACAUCUUGGCCAAGAUCAACCUGCUCUUCGUAGCCAUCUUCACGGGCGAGUGCAUCAUCAAGAUGGCCGCCCUGCGGCACUACUACUUCACCAACAGCUGGAACAUCUUCGACUUCGUGGUUGUCAUCCUCUCCAUCGUGGGCACUGUGCUCUCGGACAUCAUCCAGAAGUACUUCUUCUCCCCAACGCUCUUCCGAGUCAUCCGCCUGGCCCGAAUCGGCCGCGUCCUCAGGCUCAUCCGCGGGGCCAAGGGGAUCCGCACGCUGCUCUUUGCCCUCAUGAUGUCCCUGCCUGCCCUCUUCAACAUCGGGCUGCUGCUCUUCCUCGUCAUGUUCAUCUACUCCAUCUUCGGCAUGGCCAACUUCGCUUACGUCAAGUGGGAAGCCGGUAUCGACGAUAUGUUCAACUUCCAGACCUUUGCCAACAGCAUGCUGUGCCUCUUCCAGAUCACCACGUCGGCCGGCUGGGACGGUCUCCUCAGCCCCAUCCUCAACACAGGGCCCCCCUACUGCGACCCCAAUCUGCCCAACAGCAAUGGCUCCCGGGGGAACUGUGGGAGCCCGGCCGUGGGCAUCCUCUUCUUCACCACCUACAUCAUCAUCUCCUUCCUCAUCGUGGUCAACAUGUACAUCGCCAUCAUCCUGGAGAACUUCAGUGUGGCCACGGAGGAGAGCACGGAGCCCCUGAGCGAGGAUGACUUCGACAUGUUCUAUGAGAUCUGGGAGAAGUUCGACCCCGAGGCCACCCAGUUCAUCGAGUACUCGGCCCUGUCCGACUUCGCCGAUGCCCUGUCGGAGCCGCUCCGGAUCGCCAAGCCCAACCAGAUAAGCCUCAUCAAUAUGGACCUGCCCAUGGUGAGCGGGGACCGUAUCCACUGCAUGGACAUCCUCUUCGCCUUCACCAAGAGGGUCCUGGGGGAGUCUGGAGAGAUGGACGCCCUGAAGAUCCAGAUGGAGGAGAAGUUCAUGGCGGCCAACCCAUCCAAGAUCUCCUACGAGCCCAUCACCACCACGCUGCGGCGCAAGCACGAGGAGGUGUCGGCCACGGUCAUCCAGCGGGCCUUCCGGCGGCACCUGCUGCAGCGCUCCGUGAAGCACGCCUCCUUCCUCUUCCGCCAGCAGGGAGGCAGCAGCGGCCUCUCCGAAGAGGAUGCCCCUGAGAAAGAGGGCCUCAUCGCCUGCAAGAUGAACGAGAACUUCUCCCGGCGCCUCGGCCCGCCCUCCAGCUCCUCCAUCUCCUCGACAUCCUUCCCGCCUUCCUAUGACAGCGUCACCAGGGCCACCAGCGACAACUUCCAGGUGCGGGUGUCCGACUACAGCCACAGCGAGGAUCUCGCAGACUUCUCCCCAUCCCCAGACAGGGACCGAGAGUCCAUCGUGUGAGCCCCGCCCCGGCUGGCCAGGACACACCGAAAGGCAGCCCGUU